GGCUUUUGCGUGGUGAAGAACAGCUCUUGUUUUAUUUGUCUUCUGAUUCAUAGAUUAUAUAUAAAUAUGUGUAUGAUUUGCAAAGGGGGGAGUGUUUUCAAAGUUAAGUGUAAUUAUAUAGCAUCUCGUUUUGCACUGUGGUGUGAUCAAAUGACUUGUUGCUGUUAACCAGUAAUAAUAAUAAUAAUAUAGGUGUUUUUCUCUGGGAGGGAUGGAUUGUGGUUCUGAUUAGGGUAAUGAUUUUUGUAAAGGACGCUCAGGGAAUCGGGUUGAAGAUGAUGUCCUCUGCCUUAAUUUAUCGUCCCCUCCUUGUAAUCUGUUUCUGGGAUGUUAAUCGAUUAAUCAGUUCUCAUCUCUAUAGCUGUCAUGAAUUUGGACUUGUUUUGCUUUGUUUUAACUUGAAUUCCAAGAAGAAAGAUUGGGUAGGCUGGAAUAAAUUGCAGCUGUCCAGAUAGAAGGUAAUAUCCAGAUCCUGUUGGAAUUAAAAAAAAAAAAAAAAAAAAAAAAAAACCAACCCUGGUAUGACAUAUGUAAAAAGGCAGCAGUUAAAUCACUUUGACAGGUUCUAGUAUGGGCGAAAGAGAUGGAAUUAAGAUUUAAUUUUUUUCUUUUUUGCCAAGGGCCAAAAACAGUCCUGUGAAGUUGGCCUAGGUUCCUAGCUGGGUUCUGCCUGACUGUCCCUCCCCUCUACCCGCCCCCCCCUCCUUUUCUUUCAGUUUUCUUGUCUUAGCUUUUGGUCGAUUCUUAAGGAACCGGUGGAUCAAGUUUUUUCUCUUGUUAAUCGCAUUGCUAUAGCACUGACUGACCUCUCUCUCUCUCUCUUUUUUUUUCCUCUUUCCUGAAACCCGACAUUGUCACCUCCUCUUUGAGGGGUUAGAAGAAGCUGAGAUCUCCCGACAGAGCUGGAAAUGGUGAUGAAUCUUUUUUAAUCAAAGGACAAUUUCUUUUCAUUGCACUUUGACUAUGGAAACAGAGGCUAUUGAUGGCUAUAUAACGUGUGACAAUGAGCUUUCACCCGAAAGGGAACACUCCAAUAUGGCAAUUGACCUCACCUCAAGCACACCCAAUGGACAGCAUGCCUCACCAAGUCACAUGACAAGCACAAACUCAGUAAAACUAGAAAUGCAGAGUGAUGAAGAGUGUGACAGGAAACCCCUGAGCCGUGAAGAUGAGAUCAGGGGCCAUGAUGAGGGUAGCAGCCUAGAAGAACCCCUAAUUGAGAGCAGCGAGGUGGCUGACAACAGGAAAGUCCAGGAGCUUCAAGGCGAGGGAGGAAUCCGGCUUCCGAAUGGUAAACUGAAAUGUGACGUCUGUGGCAUGGUUUGCAUUGGGCCCAAUGUGCUUAUGGUACAUAAAAGGAGUCACACUGGUGAACGCCCCUUCCACUGUAACCAGUGUGGAGCUUCUUUUACUCAGAAGGGCAACCUUCUGAGACACAUAAAGUUACACUCUGGAGAGAAGCCGUUCAAAUGUCCUUUCUGUAGCUAUGCCUGUAGAAGAAGGGACGCCCUCACAGGACACCUCAGGACCCACUCUGUGGGUAAACCUCACAAGUGCAACUACUGUGGACGAAGCUACAAGCAGCGCAGUUCACUGGAGGAGCACAAGGAACGCUGCCACAACUAUCUCCAGAAUGUCAGCAUGGAGGCUGCUGGGCAGGUCAUGAGUCACCAUGUACCUCCUAUGGAAGAUUGUAAGGAACAAGAGCCUAUUAUGGACAACAAUAUUUCUCUGGUGCCUUUUGAGAGACCUGCUGUCAUAGAGAAGCUCACGGGGAAUAUGGGAAAACGUAAAAGCUCCACUCCACAAAAGUUUGUGGGGGAAAAGCUCAUGCGAUUCAGCUACCCAGAUAUUCACUUUGAUAUGAACUUAACAUAUGAGAAGGAGGCUGAGCUGAUGCAGUCUCAUAUGAUGGACCAAGCCAUCAACAAUGCAAUCACCUACCUUGGAGCUGAGGCCCUUCACCCUCUGAUGCAGCACCCGCCAAGCACAAUCGCUGAAGUGGCCCCGGUUAUAAGCUCAGCUUAUUCUCAGGUCUAUCAUCCAAAUAGGAUAGAAAGACCCAUUAGCAGGGAAACUGCUGAUAGUCAUGAAAACAACAUGGAUGGCCCCAUCUCUCUCAUCAGACCAAAGAGUCGACCCCAGGAAAGAGAGGCCUCUCCCAGCAAUAGCUGCCUGGAUUCCACUGACUCAGAAAGCAGCCAUGAUGACCACCAGUCCUACCAAGGAAACCCUGCCUUAAAUCCCAAGAGGAAACAAAGCCCAGCUUACAUGAAGGAGGAUGUCAAAGCUUUGGAUACUACCAAGGCUCCUAAGGGCUCUCUGAAGGACAUCUACAAGGUCUUCAAUGGAGAAGGAGAACAGAUUAGGGCCUUCAAGUGUGAGCACUGCCGAGUCCUUUUCCUAGACCAUGUCAUGUACACCAUUCACAUGGGUUGCCAUGGCUACCGGGACCCACUGGAAUGCAACAUCUGUGGCUACAGAAGCCAGGACCGUUAUGAGUUUUCAUCACACAUUGUUCGAGGGGAGCACACAUUCCACUAGGCCUUUUCAUUCCAAAGGGGACCCCUAUGAAGUAAAGAACUGCACAUGAAGAAAUACUGCACUUACAAUCCCACCUUCCCUCAGAUGUUGACAUACCUUUUAUUUUUUUUUAAUAUUAUUACUGUCGAUAAUUCUUAUUUUAUGGACGCAGUGUCAUUUGCUCUGCCUAAUUAUGAUGAGGAAGAAACAGAAGAGAGAAGGGAUGGAAAUAUUGUUUCUUUAUCACUGGCUUGUUUAUUUUGUGGGAAUUUAAAAGCAGUCCAUUUCUACUAAGGCAGAUCAUGCUUUGAAAAAAUCACUUGAUUCAUAAAGAUUUGUCACCUAAGAGAUUCUGAUUUGCCACUGAUAUUCAGGAUUAUGAUGGACGACAGGAAAGUUUAGAGUUUUCUGGGUAGGACUUUGGUGGUUUAAAAUGGUAUAAGUAACUUUAUUCUUGAAAGAAGAAUGUGUUUCAAACUGUAAACCAAUUUUUUGUUCUUCAGACAUCAUGGAACACAAAACACAUUGUUAUUUUCAGUGAUAACUCCUAAGAUGAGCUGAGUUGUUGUUGUGGGUUCUAUGUUUACUUCCCCUAUGGAAUUUAUAAUUCAAUAUGUUUUACACUGUACCAUAUAGCAAAACUUUUCAACUACAGGUAGUUAAGGGCCACCUACAAUACAUCUGAGGUCCUGUGAUCUUAUUUUUCUAAACGUAAGCACUGUUUUUCCAUAGUUUUGAUGACUGGCAUUUUAUAGACACCCUGGCAGCCUUACUUUUAACACCUUUAAUGAAUAGUAUUUUUAUGUAGUUUUCAGAAUAACAUAUGGUCUAAGAGUGGAUAAAAGGCAGUCAGUAAUUUCUGGGAGGGACUUCUACUCGUAAAUUUGUUUGAGAGGUUUUCUUUUAAAGUUGUAAUGUGAUGGCAGCAUAGUAUAUGUAUUUGUUUCUAAAAGUAUGCUUACGAUUGUCACUUUAUCAGCAUUUGAUCAGUGUUAACCAGUCAGCAGAAAAAUAUAAUUAUGCUAACAGUAGGGGGAGAAAACCCACUUAGAAAUCCAUUUUCUGGUAUUUCUUUUCACUAGUUUUUUUCAAGAUGUGACCUCCCAGUGUUCUGUCCAUAGUUCAUUCAUCUUUUACUCUUCGAGUAGAAGGUCUUAAAAGUCUUGCUGUUGGCUGUUUCUUUCAAAAUCUCCUCAGAGCAAUUGCUAAUUUGACCUGAAUCUGGUAACUUGAACCCUGCAAGGUUAUAGAACUAGGGCUAUUUAUUUUAGUAUUUCUUCAGUAGUAUUUACUACUCUUGCUGCAAAGAAAAGGGAAUGGGACUUCUUUGUAACCUGUACAUUGGACAACAGAUAAAAGACACAAAAAAAUAAGAAAGUUUACUUUUACCCUUCUCGGAGUCUAGAAUGUGACAGAACCCCCAAAGGAAGGUCCUGCACAUUUUUCUGUUUCCAAAACAUUUAACUCUGUAAGUCCUUGUCAGAAAUGAAUCUCAAUCCCUUAGUAUGGAAUUCCCCUUACAUGGCAUAGGUUGCCAUAUUUCAUGUGCAGAUUUUGAUUUCGUUUAUGUGGGUGCUCUGUUUUUUCUUUGCAGUCCAACCACAUUAGAGGGGAGGAACCGAGUGAUAUUGAUUCAAGUCAUUUUAGGGGGACAUACUUGGAAGGCAGAACUUGCUGCUUCUGUUUGGGGAGGACAGGCCUGACUGUGACUGGAUUAUCUGAUAACCAUUUGUGAAUACUGAAAUUCUGUUAGCAGUAACUGAUAACUACUCUAAAAGAUCAUUAAAUAGGAUGCUGAAAUUAUGUAUCUUAAUACAGUGUGGUAUGAGAAUUACCAAGUCAAGAGAAUUGUAGACAUAAGCAAGUUUGGCCCCAAUACUGCUCUUAACUCAUUUUCCAGCUUACCAUUUGCUAUUUAAAUGGUAAGCACCAGCUAAGCACUUCUAAGCACUAACAAAACUAGAACUAGGCAAAAAUUGUUAGAACUCAGCCCUCUUCUACCAGUCCCUAUCAUAAUUAUUUUUCGGAAAAUGUCCAAACUGCCCCUUUAAAUCUAAGGGAAUGCACCAAAACAGAGAUAUACAGAAUGUCAACCAUUUCCUUUUUUUUUUCUGCAUGCCUUGGUACAUUGUGAACAUACAACCUAUUCAAAGUUAAAGCAUGUUUUUGAGACUCUCUCACCCGCCCACUGCCAACCAUUCCUGAAUAAUAAAAUAAUAAUUGGAAUGGCAUUUUUUUUUUCCUUUUGGAUGAGGUAAAUAAUUUUAAGGUUCACAAUUUUGUCUUUUACUGCAAUUUAAGGAAACAUUUGGAUGUCAGUCAAUAUGUUUAUAAUUUUGGCUGCGUGCAAAUUUCUGCUGGCAUUGUCUAUGAAUUUUCUUCCUGCUUUUUUUUUUUUUUCAAUAUAUGAACAAUCAUGUAUCUACCUGCCCCGGGAUGGAACUGAAUUUAGGUGGACCCUAAACAGUUGUGUAGUUCCCUGAUGAAGACAGUGCUAGGCACUUACCUUUUCUGAUUUCAUCUUUUUGGGAAUCUGUUUUACUGAAGGUAGUUAGUAGCUGGGAGUGCAUUUGCUACAAGCAUGUACUUGUAUUUUCCUAGCUUCGUGAGGAACAGAAAGAGGUGGAUAUGGCUCAGGGUGUGGCAGGGACAAAUGAGGACAAGGUCAAUUCAAAUUUGUGGGUCAGAAAGAAUUUUUGUGGACAUAGUGUUUUUGGAGAAACUCUGGAUGGUUAUAUAUGCAUGCCUUCACAAAAGGAAAUACGCAAGGUUGUAGCAUCUAAAAAUAAAUAUAAGAGUCAGACACCAAAUAAAUCAAGUUUUACAUAACAGUUGUAUGCCCAGUUUAUUUAGGUGAGAUUUCACAUUACAGAAACUAUUUGAGGAGCAUGAAAAUGGGUUAUCUUCUGUAUUUCCCAGUUUGGCAAAAGUUCAGAAUUUCAUCACGUUGCUUUGCCCUAAUUUUGCCCAGAAUUUUCUCUUAGCCUCUCUCUAAUAGUGAUGAGUCAUGCAUAAAAAGCCAUUCUAAUUGGACCUUUUUAAGACAGGGAAAGGGACCAGUAGGCAGAUUGGAAGACAUUUCAAGUCAUUGAAAUAUUCCACUGAGAUUUCCUAAAGGGACAAAAUUGGGAAAAUAAGAAACUACGACUUAGAUUUGGCUACAUAGUAGAAAGUAUCUCCCCUACAUACAUAUGUAUGAAUCAUAGGGUAUAUGUGUGUGUGUAUUACACACACAUUCUUUUAAAGAGAAUUCAUGGAAAAAAAAAGCAGUUGGAGUGAUCAGACUUAUUGCGAAAACAUACAGAGAAUUUAAAUGACAGUUAAUACUAAGAAAUUAGGUGGGUUUAGUUUAUCAGGUUGUAAUAGGAAUCACUAAAGAAGUUACUAGUGUGUCUUUAGGACCAGUGGCAACUCUUAAAUAAAACUUUGGGUCCUUAUUAUCUACCUACAGAACAACGUGAAACAAACAAUGAUUAAGCUGAUUUGAUGUAAAUUCAAAGAUAUUUAAUGUAAAGUUUUUUGGAAUAGGAAGAAAAUACAGAAAAUAAAUAUUAUCAACAGUUACCUAUUAGCAAAUAGAGAAAGACAAGAAUAGUUUAGUGAGUCCAGUAUUUUGUUUUUGUAGUUUUUAUCUCGGUUGUACAACUCACAAAACCCUGCAGUCUUUGGUAUUUUAUAAAUGUUUAACAAAAUUUACAUCAGAUUAAGGCAUUUAGAUGAAAAUUAUGUUCUCACUAUCUUCCAAAUUUUAUUUCAUCCUAUCUCCAAAAUGAUUUCUUAGGGUAGAAAAGGAGCAGAAGGGGCUGUAAAAAUACAAACAAAAAACUGUGUGCCCCUAGUUUCAGGCAGAACUUAAACUGUCAGAGGUACUAGCUACAUGAUUUGUUUUUGAACUUUGGAUUGUUCACGUCCAAAAAUUGAUAAAUUACAUUUGUGUUUAUCAUCAAUUAUAUUUUAUAUAUUAUUUUAAUAAAUACUAUCUGAAUGAAGACUAUUCUAAACCAGAAAAUUCCCCAAAUCCAAAAGAAAAAAAAUGUGGGAGGGGGUGAAAUUGAAGUUUGUAUAUAUGAAAGUUAUCUUAGAAAUAUUUUUAAUUCUCCAGUUUCUGCAAAAUAAUUAAAAUAUACAGUAACUGGCCUCCUAAAUCCUGAAUUUAAUGUAUUGAAUACUUAUUUUCUUUAUGUUGGUGCCUUUUUAAAAUGCAUUGAGAGUGUUGGUUAGCUGUCGCAGCUCUACAAUACUUUUAAUAUGCAUUUUUAAAAAUCACUUAAAAUUGAGCACUGUAUAAUUCAUCCCUGUGUUUUUAGGGCAAAUCUUUAGAGCAAUUUCUAAUAGAGAAAUUUUCAGCUCAGCUGUUAAAAGGAAAAGGAAAUUUUGAAACUAGACUUUAAUAAUACCUUUUUAGUUUCAUAGUAUUUCUGAAUAUGAUUACAAGAUUAUGCAGGUAAAAUAUAGAGUGAAACUUUACCUGUGAAUUGAAUUAUAAUUUGUUUUUUGUUUUGUUUUUAAGGAAGAAUAAGUCCUGUAUCAAACAAGAAUUUAUUAGAUAAUUUUUUGGUCAAUAAAAUACAGUGUUGAUUUGGAUUUUCAUCUCCAGACUAGUAUUGUUCUAGUCUUGGAAUCUGUAUUUUCUAAUCUGUUAGAAAAGAGAUUGAAAAUUGAUGGAAUAAUGUGAAAAAGCAGGUAAUUAAUUCUCCUUGAACAAAGCAAAACUGAACAGUCAUAUCACAUUGCUAUUCUCCAAAGCAUAAUUUCAAAUGGUUUCAUACCAUGGUUGUGUAUUACUUGUAAUGAGCGUGUUAGGAUAUGACAGCUUUUUAAAAAAAUGAGCUGCUGGUUAUACAAAACAAAUGGCAUAUGACCAAGAAGCUGUGAUAUGCUAGUGUUUCUUUUUAUCAUAGCGUAUUACUAGGCCAAAUAAUGACACCUUGAAUAUUUUUACAUUUAUUGCAGAAACCGUAAACUUUGGAAUUUCCAUAAGGUUUUUAUGUAAUACUAUAUUUCUAGCUUUUUAGUUUUAUCUUGCUGUACUGUAAGUUUGAGGAUAUUUUUCACAUGCACUCUUAGGAAUAAGUUCAUAAUUCUGUUUAUGGGGCUUUCCUCCCAUAAUACUGCGUUUGUAUAUUUUCUGUAUAAAUGUGUUGUGUAUUAACCUUUAUCCCAUACAGAGAGUGGUACAAGAAUGACUAGUUUUCUAAGAUGUCCUUUUUAUUGUGAACACAAUAUAAAAUCUAGAGGCCCUCUGCUAAGCCACAUAAAGUACAGCAUAUAACUUCGUAUAGGUACAAAUAAGCAAGUUUGCAGUGAAUUGGGCCUUCAAAUUACCUCAAAUGACACACAGUAAGAAAAGCUUCUUGAGCAGGUGGAGGUCACUGAAUCCCCUACUAUGCACUUACCAAGAUUUUACUUACUUUAAUUUACUGGAAAUUGAUUUUUUAAAAAAAAUGAGUACACUGUAACAAGGGAAGGGAUCUGGGUUUUGUUGUUGUUUUAUUCUUGCUUUUUAACGUAGCUCAAAUUCUGAAACUGUGAUUUAAAAAUUUUUGACAGUGAAGCAUUCUGAUUUUAAGCAUAACUCCCAUCCCUUUCUGUGUAACAAAGGUCUCUCUGUUAUCUCUUAACUUUUGUCACAUCUCCCCCAGCCUCUUUCUUUGUCCAUCUCCCUUCUGUCAUUGUCUAUGGAUGUCUUUACCUCUCUGUUCUCCUAAAAGUUUGAAGAUUAGGUCAACUCUUAUUUCUAGUUCAUUGGUAAUUUAAUCUUAAUUUUUUUGUUCGUGAUUUUUGUUGGUUGUAUAAUCUGCUGACGUAUUUUUAUACUCAAGUGUAGUUUUCUAUUAAAAAGAAAAGUGGUUGGAUUAAAAAUAGUAAGCUAUAUAACCCUCAUGUUACUUUCACUUUCAAAUAUUGGAUACCUAAAACAUUACUUCAGAGAUUAUGUAAUCCUAUUAUAGUCUGUUUGCUUUCCUUUAUUGUUGGAUUUUACAUUCUGAUUUGGCUUUCCUCCAAAAAAUGUAUAUCAUGAAAGACUAGACAGUUAUUUGCAAGUGUUUAGAAAGGUGUUAAAAAUGUAAAGCAAAGAGUCUUAACUUUCUCCUAAUUGGGAGAAAAAUGCUUUAACAUUACUAUAAUAAUAUUCCAGGUUUGGAGGGGGUCUCCAGGCCCCAUAUUUGCUGUUAAUAGUUGGACCUUUUAGACCAUGUGUUAUUUGCAAUCCCAGAAUGAUUGCUUCUGCUAUUAGUUAAAAAGAUACUAUUCUUUUCUUUCUGUACAAGUGCAAUACUCCCCUUGAAGUCUUAAAAACUAUGGUGAUUUUGUUUUUUCUUUUCUAACCUAUUCUUCCUUUAGCUAAUGGCAAAAAGAAACUCAUAAAAGUCAUAGUAUGUUAAAGGACACAACAAGCAAAGAGAAAGACACUCCACAAUCAAAAGAUUACAGAAUGUGGAAACCACUAGUCUGAUCUCAUGGUAUCUUUAUUUAGGCUAAAUUUCCAUGGAAAUUAGUAAUCUUUUGCUUGAAAAAUGUGUCCUAAAGUUGAACUUUUUACAGAUUGAACCUUCUUAGACCCUCGCCCAAUGCUCUAAAUUAAGAACCUAAUACUUAAUAUUUUUAUUUCACUUCUCUCCUUUUAGAAAUAAACUUUUAAACAAAAGCAAAGCACUUAGCUGAGUUUUAAACACUUACAUAUCACCUAUUGGAGAAAAAUUUUUAAAAAAUAUUUGGAGCAGUCCUGUUUUCAUACAAAUUUAAGUAAGAAGUAUUUUUCUUAUACGUAUUUAUAUGUAGUGUGCUAAUUUUCUUUUUUUAUACCUGUGUCCCUGUAGUUAAACUGCUGUAAUAUAAAUACAUGUUUUUUUAAAAGAUAACAUUUCUUUGGCAUUUCUUUUAAAGGCAGUUACUGCAUUUCUGCAUUUGUACAGUAUGUGUCUUGGCCGUUUUAGAUAUUUUUUCUUUAACAAUACCAAAGGUAAUUAGACUAUUUUAAAGACUAAUUGCUUGACAGUUUCUAGGAUAUUUUGUGUUUUAGAAACAACAAAAAAAAAAUAGGUCAAACCAGUAAACCUCAUUUUUUUUCAAACUAAUAAUUUGGGGAAAUAAAAACUAUUGUUUAAAAAAGAAAUAUAUAUAUAUAUAUAUAAAUAUAUAUGUAAAGUUAAAAUUCCAGACCUUGUACGUCAGGUUUGCUAAGUGUAAUGUAGUUUUUUUAAGGCUCAAAUACCAUACCUCAGAAAAUGAGGUUUACUAUGGAAAUACUGAAACAGUCUUUGCAGCUGUGUGACAAGUCACUCUACUACAUACUGAUUUGGAGACCUCCGCUAAACACUUUUAUCACUGCAGACUAAAAUGUGGGACUUGUAUUUUCUUUGUUUUUAAUGCACACACAUACAUGUUCUGUGCAUGUAUGUGGUUACUGUGUAUAUGUGUAUGAGUGUUGUAUAUGCAUGUGUGAGUGUGUGUCUGUAUGUGUGUACAACUAAAGAAGCUGCAGAAACUUUGUAAUACUUUGUGAAAAGGAUUAUAUUAUAAAGGUUUGUACUGUCUGAGUGCACAGCUACUGGAAUAAAUUUAGGGAAUCUCAGGAACAAGCAUAUAAUUUGUCCAAGAUUUAUUUCUUCUCAGAAGUGUAAGUGCAGUUUUUAAUUCUGUAUAUUAUUUAAUAUUUUACCAAUAAAAUAAACUUCUGACAUAAAAAGUUUGCUAUAAAAA